AUGGCUAAAGGAAAUCAGACCAUAAACAAUGAGUUUAUCCUCAUGGGAUUUACUGAUCACCCAGAGCUGAAGACCCUUCUGUUUGUGGUAUUCUUUGCCAUCUAUCUGAUCACCAUGGUGGGGAACCUUGGCCUGAUGAUAAUAAUUGCAAAAGAGCAUCGUCUGCACACUCCAAUGUACAUCUUUCUGGGCAACCUCGCUCUUGUGGAUUCUUGCUGUGCCUCUGCCAUUACUCCUAACAUGUUAGGGAACUUAUUUUCUGAAAACAGAAUGGUUUCCCUCUAUGAAUGCAUGGCACAAUUUUAUUUUUUUUGCACUGUUGAAACAGCAGACUGCUUUCUUCUGGCAGCAAUGGCCUAUGAUCGCUAUGUGGCCAUCUGCAAUCCACUGCAGUACCACACCAUGAUGUCAAAGAAACUCUGUGUUCAGAUGACCACAGCAGCCCACAUAGCUGGAAACCUGCAUUCCAUGAUUCAUGUCGGGCUUCUGUUUAGGUUAACUUUCUGUGGCUCUAAUCACAUCAACCACUUUUACUGUGAUAUUCUUCCUUUGUACAGGCUCUCUUGUGUUGACCCUUAUGUCAAUGAACUGGUACUACUUAUCUUUGCAGGCUCAAUUCAAGUCUCUACAAUAGGUAGUGUCUUAAUAUCUUAUCUCUAUAUUCUCUUUACUAUUUUCAGAAUGAAAUCCAAAGAGGGAAGGAUCAAAGCCUUUUCCACCUGUGCAUCCCACAUUCUGUCAGUCUCAUUAUUCUAUGGAUCUCUUAUUUUCAUGUAUAUUAGACCAAAUUUGCUUGAAGAAGGGGAUUAA